UUUUAGCGGGACUGUGGUAGACAUUCUGACACUGGGGGGGAACUAACUUGGUGUCACUGACACCCCAGUGACACCAAUACAGUGAUCAGUGCUAAAAAAAAGGCACUGACACUGUACUAAUGACACUGGGCAGGAAGGGGUUAACAUGUGGGGCGAUCAAAGGGUUAACUCUGUGCUGUGUGCUGUUUCACUACUUGGGCUUUGUGUGUGCUUUACUGUAAGCACACUACUUUGUAUGGCUCUGCUAUGCAGAUAUAUACAAAGCAGUGUGCAGGAGCUGACAGGGGAGAGAUCUGUAUCGUUUACAUACAGGUCUCUGCCC